AUGUUUGGGCGUAGGAAGAAAAAGGCACCAACGCCUCCUCCCCGAUCAACAGCGACUAAGCUAACAGAUGGAGGCACAGCAAUUGAUGAAAGAGCUCCGAAGCUCAGUAGCCGCCAGAGCAGUGUUACAUCAAUUACAAGUAACGAUUCAGUUGGAAAACCCAAGAAAAGAACUGCGCCCUCUCCCCCAACCAAUACAUCAACAGUUAAUAACGAAAGGCCGGGAGUGUUAUCAAAAAAGAUUCAAAAUGUGAACGUUCAACAAAACUCUAUUGACGAAAGUAGAAAAAAUUCUUCGGAGAUUACUUUCAGCAGUUUUAAACAACCACCAAGUCAGGACAAUGAAAGCAAAGAGGUUGAAAAUGGAAAUGAGAGAACUAAAAAUAACAUUAAUGGAUACAUGAACCAUAAUGGUGCAGAUGCAAAGGCUAAAGAGGAGAGAUUUAGGCUGAUCCCAGUAGAAUCGUGGGAAGAAAAUGAAGUCCUCCAGUGGCUAGCAUCCCGAAAAAUGCAGUAUUUUCAUGAACUGUUCUCCGUAUCUGAUUUGUACCUAAAUCUUUGUCACUCAAAACAAUUUGGUACUUUCAAAAUGAAAUUUAAUCAUGGUACUACAUACAUUGCUGUGGACUGGGAACCCACAGCGUUGCACCUUAGGUACCAAUCAUCUCAGGAAAGGGUUGUCAAGGAUCACGAGAGUGUUGAGAAAAGUCACAAGUUACAAACAGAACCAAUUGAUUUAGAUGAAUGUUUACGAGCAUUUACAAAAGAAGAGGAGCUAGGAGAAGAUGAGCUAUAUUACUGUUCAAAGUGCAAGGAACACAGAUUAGCUGCAAAGAAAUUAGAAAUAUGGAGGCUGCCACCAAUUUUGAUUGUUCAUAUGAAAAGAUUUCAAUUUGUAAAUGGGAGAUGGGUCAAAUCACAAAAAAUUGUCAAAUUUCCAAAAGAAGAAUUUGAUCCAUCAAACUUCCUUGCUCCCCGAGAAAUACCCCAAACACCGUUACUACCAGUGACGCCAAAAAAGACAGUACCCGAGAAAGGGGUUGUACCUGAGAAGGGGGUUGUACCUGAGAAAGGGGUUAAUGUUAGCGCAAUCAAUAUGAAUGAAGACCAUGCAAAUAAAGAAUCAAAAACAGAAAGUGGACAUACAGCGGGGUCCCCAGCUCACAGGGGAACAUCACAAAAAAGUUCAUCUGAGAGAGACAGUGCAGAACAAAAUGGGGUUACAUCUGACUCAGAAAUUAAUGAAAAUGAAAUAGACGGACACAGAAAUGGGGAUAAUUUUGAAGAGGGGGAAACACGGUCAAGUCCAACUCACUCAAUCUCAUCCGAUCAAAGCAGCGACAGGUCAUGUAGUCUGAGCCCUCCUGUGGAUGCAACCAAUGAUCACCCAUUGAUCUUUAAACUUCCUCCAGAAGUAUCCAAUGGAGGUGUUCCCGAAAAACCAGAAGGUCCUAUGUAUGACUUAUUUGCUUGUUUUGGCUUUGGAUCUUGGUACAAAAACGGCGUCGGAUGCAUCAUGAACACUAGGAUUGUUCAUAUGAAAAGAUUUCAAUUUGUAAAUGGGAGAUGGGUCAAAUCACAAAAAAUUGUCAAAUUUCCAAAAGAAGAAUUUGAUCCAUCAAACUUCCUUGCUCCCCGAGAAAUACCCCAAACACCGUUACUACCAGUGACGCCAAAAAAGACAGUACCCGAGAAAGGGGUUGUACCUGAGAAGGGGGUCAUACCUGAGAAAGGGGUUAAUGUUAGCGCAAUCAAUAUGAAUGAAGACCAUGCAAAUAAAGAAUCAAAAACAGAAAGUGGACAUACAGUGGGGUCCCCAGCUCACAGGGGAACAUCACAAAAAAAUUCAUCUGAGAGAGACAGUGCAGAACAAAAUGGGGUUACAUCUGACUCAGAAAUUAAUGAAAAUGAAAUAGACGGACACAGAAAUGGGGAUAAUUUUGAAGAGGGGGAAACACGGUCAAGUCCAACUCACUCAAUCUCAUCCGAUCAAAGCAGCGACAGGUCAUGUAGUCUUAGCCCUCCUGUGGAUGCAACCAAUGAUCACCCAUUGAUCUUUAAACUUCCUCCAGAAGCAUCCAAUGGAGGUGUUCCCGAAAAACCAGAAGGUCCUAUGUAUGACUUAUUUGCAGUUUCUUGUCAUACAGGAAUUUUAGGAGGUGGACAUUAUGUUUCUUAUGCCAUUAAUCCAAACAAGAAAUGGUACUGCUUCAAUGACAGUAGUGUCAAGGAGGUCAAAGGUGACAUCGACACAGACCAUGCAUACCUUUAGUUUUAUGAGCGUAAAAAUCUUCCUUAUCGUUGUUUCAUCCCGGACAUCUCAGGUAAAAUCCCUGAUCGUAAUCCAAUUGACGAUGAAAUUGAGGCAGAUUACAAGAAGUUCUGCGUAAUUCAAUGACUGUGGAGCGGGGCAAUAUGGCUGGGUACGUCGGUACAUGGUUGUUUUGGCUUUGGAUCUUGGUACAAAAACGGCGUCGGAUGCAUCAUGAACACUAGGGUAAGAGAGCAAAGAGUGGGCAGUCCUACAUGCAAUAAAUUAUAAAGGAUCAUCACAACUGAGACACAGAUAGUACCAUCAAAGUGUUGGGGCCUGUGUGAGAUAAAAGAAGAGACCCUCUUCAUCUUAUGUGAGAUCAGAGAAGGACCAUUUUUUCUUGUUUGAAAUCAGAGGAAGACCAUCUCAAUCGUAUGAUUUCAGAAGAGGACCAUCUUAUUAGUAUGUGAGAUCAGAUGACCUUUUUAAAUUGCGAGAUAAAUGGGAGACCAUAUUAUGUAAUUUGGGAGGAAGACAAUCUUUAUGAUAUUUAAAUUGAAUCUUAAGCUUAUGAGAUCAAAAGAGAACCAUGUUUAUUUUUUUUGUGAGAUCAAAGGACCAUCUCAUCUUUCUGUAGUGCAAGAUAAAUGGGACUAUAACAUGUUACAUGAUUGAAAGGCUGUCUUUAUCAUGUGAGAACAGUGUAGGACCAUCAUUAUUUUACGUGUGAUAUAUAGAGCCAUCUUCAUCACAUGUGAGAUCAGAGGAGGAUUUUCAAUUCACUUAACAUCAGAGAGCAGUAGUCAUCAUAUGUGAGAUCAGAGGAAGGCCUUAAUGUAUUAAUAUACAUAUAUUAUAAGUUGAGAGAUAUAGAAAGUACUAAAUAAGUAAGACAACAUUUAUCUCAUACGAGAUAAUUGAUAAUUUAUAGUCUUUUCUGGAAUAAUAUGAUCUUGUGUAAGAUAGAGAAAGAAAAAUAAUUUAUAUGUAUUAAGAAAAUGGUGGACCAUAUUUCAUAUAUAUAUACAUAUAUUUAUAUAAUAAACGGUAUAUAUAAAUAUAUCUAUAUGUAAAACCAAUUAUCUCACAUAAGAUGUAAAUAGACCAUCUACUUUAGUAGGAUAGUAGAAGGUUACCUGAUGCGAGAAUAAGAAAGUACCAUUUAAAUAUAAAAGGACCAAUUGUAAAAAAGAUAGAAAUAGA